UUCGUUUGAUAGCUGGCUAGUGGAGGACUCCUGUAGGCCUACUAAUGUUUUUUUUAAUGGCUCAACCUUUCCAAUGCAACUUCUAAAAUUAUAUCAGCCUAUAUAUAUAUGUACAUAUAUAUAUAUAUAGGCCUGCCUGAUUGGGAUUGUUAAAUUUGAACGUAGAUAUUUCUUCGUUUCUCUCUCCCUUGGUUCACGGUUACUUCCUGGUGUCACAGAGAGAGGCAGUGCUGAGUUAAAGAGACAGAAAUACUGAUAGAAAUUUAGAUAGAAAAUACUGUGAGAAGAGGGGAGGAACAAGAUAGGAGCAGUUGACUGGAUUCCAGAAAUCGAAACCCCCUCUUCCUUUGCAUGUUUGCCAUUAUUUUUUUAAACAUCGUUUUUUUUGGUUUGAAAACCCAGAAUAUCGUUUAGAUGACUCGGAUGCCGAAGCUCCAGCUCGUUGCGGCUAAAGCGGAAUUGUAACGGGGAACGUAUUCCUCCCUCCGACCGAGAAGCCUCGCCAAGAUUUACAAUAUACGUAUUGCUUUUUUAAUAUACCAUCCGAGGUAUUUCCAUAUUUUCUUUUAACGAGGAAGGGUUAAAAGAGACGGAAGAUGGGUUGUUUGGGCAACAGCAAGACUGAAGAUCAACGCAUCGACGAAAAGGCACAACGAGAGGCAAAUAAAAAAAUAGAAAAACAGUUACAAAAAGAAAGACAAGCAUAUAAAGCUACACAUAGGCUGUUAUUAUUGGGUGCGGGUGAGUCCGGAAAAAGCACCAUUGUGAAGCAGAUGAGGAUUCUACACGUCAACGGCUUCAACGCAGAAGAAAAGAAACUGAAAAUACAAGAUAUACGAAAAAACGUUAAGGAUGCCAUAGUGACGAUAGUGUCGGCAAUGAGCACUUUGAUACCCCCAGUCCCGCUAGCUAAUCCAGAGGACCAAUUCAGAAUUGAGUACAUCAAAAGCAUAGCUCCUCUCUCCGACUUUGACUAUUCACAGGAGUUCUUUGACCAUGCGAAGAAACUGUGGGACGACGAGGGAGUAAAAGCGUGCUUCGAGAGGUCCAACGAGUACCAGCUCAUUGACUGCGCACAAUAUUUCCUGGACAGAAUUGACUCCGUAAGACAGAGUGAAUACACACCAACGGACCAGGACCUGCUACGCUGCCGAGUGUUGACUUCAGGGAUUUUUGAGACGAGGUUCCAAGUAGACAAAGUCAAUUUUCACAUGUUCGAUGUUGGGGGCCAGAGAGAUGAGAGGAGGAAAUGGAUCCAGUGCUUUAACGACGUGACUGCGAUCAUCUUCGUGGUGGCCAGCAGCAGCUACAACAUGGUAAUAAGGGAAGACAACGACACAAACCGGCUACGGGAAGCUCUGGACCUCUUCCGCAGUAUUUGGAACAACAGGUGGUUACGCACUAUAUCGGUCAUCCUAUUCCUGAACAAGCAGGAUAUGCUGGCUGAAAAAGUAUUAGCUGGGAAAUCCAAAAUCGAAGACUACUUCCCUGAAUACGCUCGCUACACCAUACCAAAUGAAGCAACUCCUGAACCAGGUGAAGACCCGAAAGUAACGAGAGCUAAGUUCUUCAUCCGCGAUGAGUUUCUCCGGAUCAGCACGGCGAGCGGCGACGGCAGACACUACUGCUACCCCCACUUCACGUGCGCGGUGGACACCGAGAACAUCCGCCGCGUCUUCAACGACUGCCGGGACAUCAUCCAGCGCAUGCACCUGAGGCAGUACGAGCUCUUGUGAUGCGCCGUGGGGGAAACGACGCGUCCGGGCACGGGGCGGCCUUCACACACUUUUUAAAAAUAGUUUUUGUUUUCUUUUGACCUUUCUUUUUAAAAGAAAUUUCUCCGUCGCUUUACCCCCCCACCCCCCACAACACCGUUCUGCACCCUCAAUGCCCCCCCCACCACCACACCACACCGUCCCUCACUCCUCCCCCAAACAAACAACAAAACUAUUCUUCGACCCCGUCCCCGUCCCCUUCCCCGUCCCUCCCCAGCCGUGGACUAUGAAGUACUACUGAAGUGUGUCAAAUCCUCUUCCUCCUCUUAAUUUACUUGUUUGUUUCCUUGGUCUGCUCUUGGAAGGGCCAGCUGGGCGCUUCAAUAAACCCGGACCAACGGAGAGCCGGGCGAUCCACAUUUAAGUCAUUUCCCGCCCCCUUUUUAAAACAAAUUGUUGUGCUUUUUAUUUUUAUUUUAUUUCUUUCCUUUUGGGGCCUUCCUUUCGGAGGCCUUUGUGUAAAAAAAUAAUUCUUCUUCUACUUCUUUUUGUUUUUUCCGUCAUUCCACGAAGCCUUGGGCUACCUCCUUCUGACCCCUCCCCCUCCCAGAACCCCCUCCCAUAGCUCCUCCUGCUGGACGCUGGCUCCGUGUCAUUAGACCCAAGGGGGUGGGUGCGGUCAAGUAAGACACGCCCACAGGACCUCCUUUGCAGAGGCGAAUAGUGGCACCUGCAUCAGUGCGUGUUUGUGUGAGUGUGGGAGAAAACCACAGAAGCAGAGGAACUCGUCCGUCUUCGUGUGUGUCACUCACCCCCCAGUCACCAACAUCACCUUUGCCCCCCCCCCCAUCUGAAAAAAAAAGACACAUCUGCCAUAACAGUUUCUUCCGCCCCCCGCCCUCCCUCUCCACGCCGAAGACAGCAAGACGAUGGAACAGAGAAAGAUGAAGAAAUAAUGCACUUUGCAUCAGGUUCCUUAAUAACUUUGUAUUCUAUUGUUUUUCUUUUGAGGAAGUAUACACACAAUGUAGCAUCAACAAUAUUUAUUACUCUGUCACAACAUUGCCGCGGACUCGCUGGCUGAACGGCUGAACGGCUGGCUGGCUGGCUGACUGGCCGGCCUGCUAACCAGCUAGCUGGCUAGUUGGCCGGCUGGCUAGCUGAUUGUCUGGAAGACUGGGCUGUCCGGCUGGCUGGCUGACUGGCUCACUGGCUGUCUGGCUGGUUGACUGACUGGCUGUCCGGCUGGUUGACUGGUUGUAUGGCAGAUGCUGAACGCUGGCCAGGUCACACGGAGAGGAUAGGGGGCGGAUCAGGCCUCAUCAUCGGCGUGACCAACACACACACAUACACACACACACACACACACACACACACACACACACACACACACACACACACACACACACACACACACACACAGACACACACACAUAGAUGUCCGGAAGGAUGGAGGGAUGACGAGUGUAUUGCAGAAGGGGGGAGGCGGUAGAAGAUGAGACGAUCGAUUGGAACGGAAGACAAAACGAAUGGACCUGAGCUUGUGGCCUCCUCUUCCUCCUCCUCCUCCUCCUCCCCCUCCUCCACCAGCUCCGCCUCCUCACUGGCUUACUCGCCCGCCUGCUCGUUCACUCGCUCCGGUAUGAGCGAUGCUAGGGCGGACGACAACAGAGAGCGGGAGAGAGAGGACUCACAGCUCCUCGGAGAGAGCCCUCCCCAUCUCUCCUCCCCCCCUCCCCCCCUCUCUUCAGCCCAGAGAGGGGGGGCCGGCGGGGGGGUGGGACAGGCCGCUCCGGGAGAGAGCAAAAUGUAUUGUUUGUUUUCUUUCGGUUUGUUUUCUUUCUCCCCCCUUUCACCCACCUUCCCCAACCAUCAACACCCCCCCCCCCGCCCCUCCACUUUCCCCCAUUUAACUUGUACACUGUGCAAGGUGGAUCUAUCCUGUACAGACUGUAAAAUGUAAUAUUAUUUUGUACAACUUUAUUGAAAGAGAAACAAAUCUACUUGUAGAUCUUUGUGCCUUGAUUAUGGCUGUACCUGUAAAUGAGCUCCGAUGUAAGUAUGUUUUUGACUGCGCUGUACAGCUUGAUGUCAAACGCUCUAUCAGCAGCCGCUGCUGAAAGGGGACUUUCUCUGUAGAGUUUAGUUUUUUUCUGGUUUAUAUAAAAAAAAAAGGAAAUGAUGUUUAGUAAAAAAUAAUAAAAAAAAAAAUAGGGAAAAAAUUCUAAAAACCUGUAUACAUUAUGCAAAUUAACCACUUACCUGCAGUGAAUACCACAUGUUGCAGCGCCAUGCCUUUUAUUUCUCUUCGUUCUUGGUUUGACUUCUUUUUUUUUUCCCUUCUCUUUUUUUUUUGUUUUCAAUUUCACAGCUUUAAAAACGAACAUUGGAAAUCCAUUGAAAAGUGUCCAAAUUUGCAACCUGGUGUUGUUUUAAUAGGAACCAACUUUUUUUUCUUCUUGUAUUUAGUUUUUUUCCCGAUAUGAAGAAUGCCUGAACCCUGUACUGAUGUGUGUGCCUGUGCGUAUGUGGGCGCAUGUGUUCAUUAAGCAAACAUAGACUCACAGACGCAUUGUGUGUGUGUGUGUGUGUGUGUGUGUGCGUGCGUUUGCGUGUGUGUGUGUAUGUGUGAGAGUGUAUAUGUGUGUGUGUGUUUGUGUAUGAGCGCGAGCGUGAGUUGUGUGUGUGUGUGUGUGUGUGUGUGUAAUCUUUUAUAACUGUAUGUACAUGUAAAUUUAUAGGUCUAUAUAAAUAUAUAUGUACAAUUAUACAUGUUUAAUUAUGUGUGUGCCUAGGUGUACAUACCUAUGUAUGUAUACGGUAAAUAUGUAUACAUACACACAUAGGAAAGCAUGUUUUAGAAUGGAGACGAAUAAAUGAGAGCGUGCAAUAUUAUAUUAUUCCUUGGUCCCUUGGAGUCAUACCCAAUGGCACAGGCACUAUGAAUGUGUGAGCAGCACUCGACAACACAAGCUCUUCUCCCUGUACAUGACUGCAUCAGGCUCCUGUUCUGCUACAGUACACGUCCAUCCCCCAAAACGAGAACGAGCGAGAGAGAGAAAGAGAGACAGAGAGUGAGAGAGAGAGAGAGAGAGAGAGAGAGAGAGAGAGAGAGAGAGAGAGAGAGAGAGAGAGAGAGAGAGAGAGAGAGAGAGAGAGAGAGAGAGAGAGAGAGAGAGAGAGAGAGAGAGAGAGAGAGAGAGAGAAAAUUGACUGGCGGUAUGGAAAAAAAACAACUAAAAACUUUGUUUAGCCUGGGAGGAUGAUUAAAUGACAUUUUUAUUUUUCUUUAAAUAAAGAGGCACAUUAGAGGACUUUGAUUCA